AAAUCGCAAACUGUCAUUUUAUAUAUUUGCUAUAAAAAUAUACUGGACUUCCAAAUAGAGUAAAAGAAAAGAAAUGAUAUCUAAGUUAUGGCGCGCCGCUGCUUCCAUACACCCGAAUGUGCUUGUAAUAAGAAAAGUUACCCCUCGAGUUUUCGGAGUCAGACGAAUGGAUCUAUUGCCUCCGAACCAGUAUAAGAUUCCAUUGCCAAGGAAACUGAAGCUGACCUACGCUAUGAGGGUUUACUGGGAGAUCAUACCGCUGGUGCUCACAUCGACGUUCAGUAUAACUUUAUUGUUUUUGGGUAUAGCUUGGUCCUUAACGAAUAAGAUGGAUGUGGUCUACUCAACGCACAAUCGCGACAAUAUAUCCAGAACUAUGGACCUUCGGAAUCCUUCCGUCCACAAGGUCAUGCUCGUCAACCAGCGCUACGAGCCCUGGCCGGAAAUGCAGGACGUUCUGGACAAGAUGAAAAUGGCCGAGAAAAGAUCUCUAGCUAGGGCCCAAACUUGCAAUCAAUCCUAGUUUUUUUUUCAACUCAUUUUUGAUGUGUGUCUAUGUUUUCUUUUGUACUUCUUUUCUUGUAAUCCAUAUUGUGUAAUAGGUUACUUUAGAUCGUUUAUUGAAUGUUUUUUUUAUAAAGACAAAUUACAGAAGUGCUUCUUUCCAA